GGGCAGAGGGCCGGCGCUUCACAUGAAGCCGGCCCGGCGCGGCGCGGGAGCGCUAGUGGCCCGAGCGAGCGCGGCAGAGAACGAGCGCCGGCCGGCCCCCUGGCCCCGCUCCCCGCCUCCCGCCUCCGCCCGACGCGCCGGAGGCCCGGCCGGCCGCGGCGUGUCUGCGCGCCCCUCCCUCGGCGGCGUCCCACGCCCCCUUCCGGCCGGGGGCGCGCGGGGCGGAGCGCGGGGCGGCGGCGCGGACUAGGGCGUUGGGUUCCCCUGAGGUGGCCCGCGGAGUGGGCGAGAUUUGUUUGCUUGUUUGUUUGGUAGCAAUCUUUGUUUCCUGUCAACUUCUCUCACAGAAAAAAUGUGGGAAGGCCAACUGCCCAUCUUCACCGCGUCAAAACAAAUGUCUGGUUGGGCUCGCCGAGUUACUAUUGUUGGCGAAGUCCAAGGAAUUGAGGAUGAAGAUGAAAGAAAAGAGCCUCCUAAUUGUACACACCAGAGAGAGAAGCAGGUGUUUAUACCACUGGAACUUUGCCUUGCAGAUUAUUUACAAAAUCUUGCUCCUUCAUGCCCAUCUCAGAACAAACACAAUCUGCAUUCAGAACAGGACCGUUUACAAGUUCAAUGGAGUUAUUUUGGACUGAGUGACCAAAAGAUGAUAUACACAGAGAUGAGAAGAGCUGAUUUGGGCAGCAGGCACGGAAACUGGUUCAGGGUGCUGAACAAGGAAAGGAGAGAAAAUAUGACUCAUUGCUCUUGGUGUAAUCCCCAAGGACCAGAGAAGCUCUACUUUAAAGCAACAUCAAUACCUCUGGAAAUUUUAUUGGCUCUGCCUUCAAAAUAUAUUCAGAAUUUAGGAAGUUCUUCAGGCAAAAGGAAUAUAAGACCAACCAUAAAACUUGGAUCUACAUCAAGAAAUGAAGGGCAUUGGAAAUGGAAUCAAGCAAGCAUAGUACAUUUUCAUCUUUCAGAUUGUGAAAAUCAGACUCAGAAUCACUUCACUGGCUCUGCUGGCAAUGAAUGAUUCAAGUAAAUCACUGGAUGCCUUUAUCUCUGGGUAUUUGGCAGUUUGGUGCAGACACUAAAGGAAAGAGAGUCCUCAAAGAGUGACCAAUGGAAGAGGAGAGACCAAAGUUCAACAUGGUCAGUUCUGUUUGAGAGGCCAGUAAAAUAUACAGGUAACAGUGACCAACAGGAAACUGGAUAUGGAAAUCUAUAACUUGAGAGCUGAGCCUGGACAUAUAUGUGGGGGUCAUUAGCAAAUAGGUAUCAGUUCGAUCAAAAUGGGCAGUUUUACUCAGGUGAAGCAUCUAGUCUGAGAAGUGCAGCAUAUGGAAGACAUAAUCUAGGGUUAUGGCAACAUUUGUGUGGGUGCAAGAAGAGGUGCUAGGAAGAGAAGGGUCAGAAUAACACAAGAGUAGCUGGAUGGAUAUAGUCUUAUGGAUUUUAUAG